ACUCACCCGGACUCGCACGAUACUACAACAAAUCUGCAUUCUUGGUUCUUACUUUAUUUUUUUUACAAGUCUAACAAUGUCGUUUCUUGGUCGAGGAGCAUCUACACCAGCCGGGGGAGUCAACCAUGAGCGUAUGGAGAUGGCCAUAAACGAGAUUGAGAUGAUCACUGAUGUUUUUAACCGCAUCGUAUCGUCGUGUCACAACAAAUGUAUCAGUCCACGCUAUUCAGAGGGGGACCUCAACAAGGGCGAAAGUGUUUGCAUCGACAGAUGUGUGGCAAAGUUUUUUGAAGUGAACAAGAAAGUAGGAGAGAAGCUACAGAGUGCGGGGGCAAAUGCUGCUCCCUCAUAGUCUAAUUUGGAACGCCAGGAAAACACUCGGACAUCGUGUUUGUUCUGCGCAUGUUCUUUUAUUCUGCGCUGCACAGAUAUCAUAUCAUCAGUCACAUUCAUCCUAUUGGUUGUAUUCAAUGUUAUAAUCGAACAAAGAAUGCAGAUUUGUAG